GCGUCCGGGAGAGCAGGGGCCGUCGGAACGCGCAGGACUCCGGGGGAUGGCGCUCGCCCUGUGUACGCUGGGCUUCCUUCUGUGGGCCCCCACAUCCCAAGGCUGCAUCCAGUCCGUCACGCAGGGGCCGCCCGUCUCCGUGGCGCUCACUGGUGAAGUUGCCUCCAUUACGUGUACUAUAACCGUCUCCCCCGUUCCUGACGCAAAGUCGGUGAGCGUGUGCGUGCUGCGGGAGAACACGCCAGUGACAUGCCAGCAAGUCACGCCCACUGCGCCGGCGGACAACAUUAUCAAGAAGAGGCUGAUGUUUCAAGUGGACGGGCGGACCAACAAAUACCUCUGCAACGCGUCAUGUGACAGCACAUGGGUGACAGGGGAAGGAACCUACAUACAUGUGAGAGACUCCGGAUACGCUGACCCCAGUACAGACUCCUCCAGUCUCCUCUGCGGCCUCAUCGUUCUGCUCGUGCUCCUGCUGCUCCUGUCCGGGGCCGGGACGCUGCUCCUGCUGCACCCGUUCAUCUGGAAAAAACAGGGGGGACUGAGGGUCUUCAAAGCAGCCGGUAAACCCCCCAAAGCCCAGGGCGACCCCGGCGGCCAGGAGAACACCGGCUCUCUGUAUGCUUCUCUGCAGCCGCAGCUGGACGACGUGUACCACGUGCUGGAUGACGAGACGCCCCCCUCCAGAGCCCAGGACAAGAAACACCAGGUGCAAAUCCACGAGAAUCAGAGCCCAGCGAGGAGGCCGAAGCCAGCGAUAAAACCCACCAGUUACCCAGAGAAGAUCCAACAGAGGCCAGGAAAGCCCCCGCAGAAACAGGCAGCGCAUACAGCCGACGACUUGUACGAGAAUCUGUCUCUUGGACAGUGAGGAUUCGCAGGAUACGUCCCGCUCCAUCCCCGCGCAUGUUCUCCACCCCAGGACACUCCACCCACGCGCAUGUUCUC